UGGCCCAUCGCGGCCGCCUUAGCCGCGGCGUCCGCCUCCCGCCGCCGUUCCUCGGGGUCUACCGGGCCUCGGGGACGCGGGGGGGGGUGUGCGUGUGUGUAUUUCGUGUGUGUAUUUCGCCGGCGGCGCCCGCCGCGGCCGGGCCGGCGCCAUGUUCACCAGCACUGGCUCCAACGGGCUCUAUAAGGCACCUUUGUCAAAGAGUCUGCUAUUAGUCCCAAGUGCCAUCUCGAUUUUAUUGACUCUGCUCUUCCAACAUUAUCAGAAGUUCUUUGCAUAUAACCUACAAGCUAUAAAAGAGGAUUUUCAGAUUUGGAGACUUGUAUGUGGGAGAACAAUAUGUCUUGACUUGAAAGACACAUUCUGCAGCAGUCUGCUCAUUUACAACUUUAGAAUAUUUGAAAGAAGAUAUGGCAGCAGAAAAUUUUCGUCCUUUUUAUUGGGUGCUUGGAUGCUCUCAGCUUUGUUUGAUCUUCUCCUUGUAGAAAUCACUCAGUAUAUAUUUGGCAUCACCAUCAACAGCUUGCCUUCUGGUUUUUUGGGUCCUGUGUUUGCUCUGUUUGUACCAUUUUAUUCCUCCAUUCCAAGAGUGCAGGUGACACAAGUAUUAGGCCACUUUUCUAUCACAAACAAGACGCUGGUCUAUAUACUGGGUUUACAGCUCUUAACCUCUGGUUCCUACAUCUGGAUUUUAGCCUUAAGUGGAUUGGUUUCUGGGAUUUGCUACAAUAGCAGUAUAUUAAAAGUUCAUCGAAUUCUUUGUGUACCCAGCUGGGUAGCAAAGAUAUUUUCUUGGACUCUUGAACCCAUCUUCUCAUCUGCGGAGCCAACAAACGAAGUUCGAGUGGGAAUGGGAGCAACGGUUGACAUUCAGAGGCAGCAGAGAAUGGAGUUAUUGGAUCGUCAAAUCAUGAUGUCUCAGGUUGCCCAAAUGAGGCGGCAAAGGCAGCAGCAGGGUGGGAUGAUUAACUGGAAUAGACUGUUUCCUCCUUUACGUCAUAGACACAAUGCCAACUAUCAAGAUCAUCGCCCGUCUGAACAAGACACACCUCCACCUACCGAGGUUUCUGAAGAGCAGGUUGCGCGACUUAUGGAAAUGGGCUUUUCCAGGGGAGAUGCCCUAGAAGCUCUGAGGGCUUCCAAUAAUGACUUAAACGUAGCCACUAAUUUUCUACUGCAGCACUGAUGGGUUUUCUGCGGGAAGGAACUCCGCUCGCCGGGUUUGUACACAUCCUGAAAGGGGAUCAAAGCCACCUGCUGGACAGACUCACCAAGGUCGUCCCCGCAAGAGCCUCAGAAGAGAGAAACCGGCUCCGCGUGACGGGUGACUCAAAGCGAUGUUAACGAAUGACGUGAGCUGUUCCCAAGCCUGCACAUCACUGGGCGGUUUCUCAUCUGGUUAUCCUUUUCAAAGUAACUUUAGUUUCUACUUAUUACUGGAUAUCGCCUAAAUUUAUUUUUAAAAAAUAAGUAGGUGGUUUUUUUUUUUCUUGUAAAUCCUUGUUAGACAUGUUAUCAGACUUAAUGAACUAGGAAAAAGAAGCUCCAACUACCACAAUGACUAGAUUUACCUGUCAAGAAAAAUCACAUUUUUCUUCAUUUACCAGUCUAAUUUCUCUAGCUUACAUGUUAUUUUACAGUACUUGAUUUUUGAUUGCAGUAAUAAGAGGUUUGAAGAUCACUUCAUUUUCAACCCCGUAAAGGUUUAUGGGACGAUUAUGUCAUUCUGCAGAAAGUUUUAUUGAUGCUUGUCAUAUUUUAUUUCUUGAAUUCCUUUUUCAAUAAAAGUUGGCAUUCAGCACAUAAUCUGCAGAUAGGGUGUGAGAAAAUUCAUGUGCGUAUUUGCAAGCUAUGGUAAGUGACCACUGUAAAUUUAAAAUAUUUACAAAGUGAGUGAAUUGCUGUUCAGGUCAUGAAGAUACUCACUGGAAGCAAUAAAGGUGAAUCGAACGAUACAAUAAGAUCAGAACUGAAAUGGUUUGAGCCACUUCCCUGUCUAAUUGAGACAGACUUGUGUAACGAGGGAUGUAUGCUCAGUGUCCUAUGUGCUGGUUUCAUUUUUUGAGCUGGCUACAUACUGUCUUAAAUGAAAAUGAUUAAAAAAAGGUAACUUUUCUAUAUAUAGUUCUAGUUUUCUACUGUCAAAGAUGUGGAUGACCCUGCAUUUGCUGAAUCCUCGCUCUCUGAAGCAACUUACUGUUGGUCACAGACUGGAAUAUUAACUUAAAGGGUGAUUCAGGCUAAAACAGGAGGUAACAGGACAAUAAUGCCAAGGUAAUACGAUAUUGAUUGUGAAGUUUAGAUUGAUAAACAAACUUACUUGGCUUGACUCUCAGAAGUUCUCAGUAUUAGCACCUUAGGAGUUUCGGGAGGUGGAGUGGAGAGAGGUGAACAUCUCUAUAAAACCAGGGUGAAGUGAUACAGGAUUCCAAACUGUGACUCCAUGAAACUGAUCUACACAUGUAUCUCAAGCAUUUAAUCUCUGUUUCUGUAUGUACUUUUUUUUUUGUACAUUGUGUGAAUGUAUGUGUCUAUUUAUAUACACACAGGCAUAUUUAAUGCAUAUAUUUAGAAUAAGAUAUAGAUCAUCAGAAGCAUAACGAAGGCCAUAGCAAGUGCAAAGGGAAGGAGAUGAAAGAAUACAGAGGAGCAAAGGGUGUUUUGAACAUCCAAACAAACCUGUGUGUACCAAAGUACUGACCUGCAGAGUCUCACUUGGCCUGGAAAUUUUACUGGGAAAUUACAGGACAAGAUUUAGGGAGAGAGAGAUACCUUCUUCUGUUCCUUUUUUUUUUUUUUUUUAAUUGACUGAUAAAAAAAUUCUUCAGGCAUUCAGGUCCUUAUCCAGAAAUUACGUAAAAUUUGUGCAGCUUUCAACAUAUGACAUCAUUUUUAAUAAAGUCAAUGUCCUGUAUGUAUUUUUUAGUGUUUUCCAGUGGGUGAAUAAGUGGGUUUUGGAAUGACCGUUUGUUUUCCUGGGCUUUGAUCAACCUCGUCCAGGGUUUGGUUUGCUGCUGUGAUUAUGUUAUUUGGGCAGGGUCUGCUUUUGAAGUGAAAGGUUUUGUUUGUGUGAAGCUGAGUGGCUCUGUGUGUGUGUGUGUGUGUGUGUAGGCUGGAGACGUUUCUGUACCCAGAGAACUCUGGAAACCUGCUGUCUUACAAAGGGAAGGGCAAAUGUAAGGAAAAAAAAAAAAAAGCCCUACAAUAAUUUGUAUAUGUAAACUAAUUAAAUGUUUUGAAACAAGUACAGAUUUUUAAUUUUGAAACAUACAGAUUCUUCCUUCACAAGUAUUUUGUCAGAAGUAGCAAUAAAGACCAGUGAAUUA